CGAAGCGGCAGUAAACCACUACCCGGACAAUAACAUUUGGAGUGAUACUAGGUGUGGAGAGAGAAAUAGUUGUGUGUUUAAUUAGAUAAAUAAAUAAUUAUUUAAUGCACCCGACUCAGAAGCCUCACACAAAGAGGGGGCAUGCUUCUGUUGUUGAUUCAUCUUGUCUAACCUGUCAAAGAUGGAUGAAGGAAUGGCCUCUCAAAGAAGCGUGACUGCUGAUGUCAAGCCAGAUGGUGCGAAGAACGAUGUUUCAAAAACAAACCUUACAAAUGAAAAGGACGAACUCUUUUGUGGACCACAAAAGCAUGACAAAGACAGUGUAAAAACAGGGGAUUCACAUGAUGACAAAGUAUCUGAGAAUUCAGUGGACGGUGGGUCUGCAGGUGGGCUGGAUGAAUCUGGCUCGAACACAGCUCACACAGCUCAAACACACUGUUCUAAUGGGCAGAAAUCUAAGAGAUCCAGUUCACCUGGUCCUCACCCUGUAAAAACAACCUGUGUUGCUGCACACUCCCCCAAUCCAAAACUCACCCUAUGUCUUAGUAUCAGUCCGGGGAAGGGUGUAAGCACACCCAGUGAUGUGGAGAUGCUGAGUCCUGACAGCCCUGUCUGUAAAACGCUGCCUGUUAACAACUCUGCAGACAGGGAUCGUGAUGGCAGUGCUUGUGCGGAGGACUCUGGCUUUACAAAGGCUCAGGUAAAGGAAGCUCAGCAGUUUGUCAAAGACUCUGAUUCUGGAGGUUCGGACAAAGAAAGAGUCAAUCAGCUUGCCAUGGGAGCUGAAGAUGCUGAGAUGGCAGAAUGCAGUGGCUCAUCUGAUAUGAGCCAGGACUUAAUUGGAGGCCAGUCAGGUACAACUUUUGAAAGUGGAUGGCUCGGGACACCCAUAGAAGAGCUGAACAGAAUUCCCCAGUGUGCCCCCCCUCUGUCUCACCUGAAAGUAGUGCCUAACCACACUGUCACAGUCAGGACAGAUCUCCUCAGAGAGGGAGAAGUCCCUGUCCCAUACCCCACCAAGUUCAAAGACGCCUGGGAUGAUGUGUCUGUGAAGAUGCCCUGCUCUGAAAAGAAUCUGUUUCCUAUGGAGACAGAGGAUGGAGGUGGUGUCCAAAGUCGGUGGGAGUUAAUCGAAACUGCUCUGCAGGGAGGGUUCAAGAGUUCUCUGGAUGUGAGGGAUGCAAUACUGAGAUACAACAUAGCCCAUGCAAAGAAAUGGGACUUCACUGCCCUGAACCUUCUUUGCACAGAGUUUCUUGAGCAUUCUGAAGUUCAGCAUCUUUUUGAGGCCGUUUUGCCAGCCAUGGUUGAGCUAGCACUCACUGCUCCCAGCCUCUGCACGAUGCCAAUCCCCCUGCUGAAGUCGCGGAUUAACCAUUCCCUGACUCUGUCUCAGGAGCAAAUAGGCUGUCUUCUGGCCAAUGCCUUCUUCUGCACAUUCCCCCGACGCAACUCACGCAAGUCAGAGUACUGCAAUUAUCCUGAGAUCAACUUCUACAGGUUGUUUGAAGGCUCCUCAACAAGAAAAAUCGAGAAAUUGAAAACCCUUUUCUGUUACUUCAGGAAAAUUACACAGACCAGGCCCAAAGGUCUUGUGACAUUUACAAGACAAGUAUUGAACAAUCCACCAAACUGGGAAAGAUCCCAGACUCAGCUGACACGCCUACAUAUCACUUGUGAGGGGACGAUUGAGGAUGAUGGAUAUGGGAUGCUGCAGGUGGAUUUUGCUAACAGGUUUGUCGGUGGUGGAGUCACAGGACAUGGACUGGUACAGGAAGAAAUCAGGUUCGUUAUCAAUCCUGAACUCAUUGUCUCCCGCCUCUUCACUGAAGCCUUGGAAUACAACGAAUGCCUAAUCAUCACAGGUACUGAACAGUACAGUAAGUAUUCUGGCUAUGCUGAGAGUUACAAAUGGAAAGACAACCACAACGAUGAGACUCCCAGGGAUGAUUGGCAGAGACGAUGUACAGAGAUUGUGGCUAUUGAUGCUCUUAAAUACAGGCACUUCUUAGAACAGUUUCUCCCUGAGAAGAUGAGCAGAGAACUCAACAAGGCGUACUGUGGAUUCUCCCGAAAUAAUGCUAACAGCAAGCACCUCUCUGCAGUAGCCACAGGCAACUGGGGCUGUGGAGCGUUCGGGGGAGACACACGACUAAAAGCGCUCAUUCAGUUGAUGGCCGCCGCAGAGGCUGGGAGAGACGUGGCAUACUUCACCUUUGGAGAUGCGCAGCUUAUGAGAGAUGUUCAUAGCAUGUACACUUUCCUCACAGAGAGACAAGUCACCGUAGGGAGGUUGUACAGCCUUUUGAACCAGUACUCCAGUUUGGUUUGCAGGAACUGCCGCACGAGUCGACCUGACAUCAGUCUCUACAGUUUCAUCUUCGAGAACAUCUCCUCCACCGUUACCGCUGAUGCCUCGAACUCCACCAUGGAUCCUGGGAUGUCCCCUGUAACACUAGACUCUCAUUAACAAGGGGAGAGCUGCAACCUACCCUCCCUCCCCUUCUCUGUCUCUCUGUGUAAAAGAGACUCCAGGUUUAGAAACCUUGGUCUUGUGCUUACAAUCACUUUUUCUCUUAUACACACUCCCUUUAAGUUUGUGAUCCCAACACACAAACUACCAAAACACAGUUUUGCCUUUCUCACUGGUGGUAUUAUAGGAGCCUUGUAGUAUGUCACCACACGUGGUAAAAUGUUUCAGACUUAUAGCAAUAGUAAAUACUGGUUGGUGUUAGGCCUUCUUUUAGUCUAAAUGUGAUGUGGAUUUCUUUUUGUUCAUACACAAUUAUGUUUAAUGAAACCCAAAUAUGGCCAAAUAUUCUUCAUAUGCAUGGUUGUGGACACUUUUCACUCUUGAUAAUCCAGGAUAUGAUAAUCCUUCCUGGUUAUCUUGUCUUUUAUUGUGUUUGCUUUUUUUUUUUUUGGAUGAGUUGUGUUCUCUAUUUACCUUAUACCCAGGCAGUGGAGAGGAUCCUGUAUGCAGAGAGAUGUUGAGAUGCUAUACUGUAGUCUAUGCAUGGGUAACAUUUAUUUAUCAAAUACUCUACAAAUAUAUGCUGCUCUUUUAUAUCUCUAGGAUGUCUAGGUUAAACACUCAUAUUGUCCUUAUUGUUUAUUUUAAUUUGAGUCAAAACAAUCAAUAAAAUGGUCCAUAACAGAUGAAAAAUAAAUAAUUUACUUUAUUCAUCUUUGAAUAAUUUCAAAGUUAAGCACAGUAUUCAAACUGUAUGUACAAAUAAAGGGGGAGCAGAUACAGAAAGAAUUGCACGCAAAAUAUUAUUUUUGUUAAUUUUUUUUUACACAAUAUUUACUUUGGGGAUGCAGUUUUGUUUUUUAUUAUUUUCUGUAUUUUUGAUUGAUGGUAUGGGUACUAUUUAAGGAUGGUUUCAUAAAUAGAUUAAAGGCUGUAAAUGUAUUGAAUAGUAAUGUACUUUAGGUUUUUAAGUUGUACUCUUUUUAUUAUAAUUUCUUAAUUAAAAUAUAUACUGUU